CAUCUUUUAUAGGCUACGUAGCCCCACAAUAUCGGAAUUUGAAUUUUCAUCCGCCGACCUACGGAUAGCGAACUUAUUGAACUAGUGUGCUAAAUUUCGAGAUACACUUUUGUCGCAUAUAUUCAAUUGCCAUCCAGACACAAUGGCGUCAAAACAACUCUUCCGGACAGGGAAGAAGCAAGUCUUCUUACCCGACCACACAGUAAUCUUCCUCCGACCGCGCGACACCCAACCACCAAACUUCGCAUCUUUCCAAGUGCCCCUAACAUUCAACAAGCUCGACCUACGCGACUACCUCCUCCAUGCAUACAAUGUACCAGUCCUAAGUGUACGGUCGCAAUUAACGCAAAGACGGCCUAUCCGAUCUAAAGUGCACCACCGAAUCUACAGACCACCACCUAUCAAGACGAUGACGGUAGAACUGCACCAGCCGUUUGUGUGGCCUGAAGAACCGGAGGAUAAGAGCGAGUGGAACACGCCGUGGAUGGAGAAGCGUGAGCAGGAGAGACAGAAACAAGAAGAGCUUACUGAUAGCCUUAAGAAGAGUGGCAAGUGGCCUUUGAGAGACGAGACGGGUGCUACGCAUGAGAGCUUGGAGCUUAGGAAGGAGGCUAAGAGGUUGUUGCGGGAGGGCAAUUGGAGUAAUAGGAACGAGUUGGAUCCGAAGUUUGUGAAGGAGAAAUAGGGUUAUGAUGAAUUCUGAAUGAAAAAUGCCCUUCAUGAUCUGGAGCCUGGGGGCGGAUAGGACAUGAAUGUACGACUACG